UCUGGCUCCACCGCCAUUUCCCCGUUGACUGUCGGUGCAGAAACUAGCUUACUAGAUAACUAAGUAGUAAUCGGUUAGCCUGGUGAAAACAAGCUUUAGUGUUAAAUCUCUCGAAACGUUACUGUCUCUCUAACCUUAUUCUACAUUAGACUUAAAAUGAGUGACAUUGAAGAUGGCAACUUCGAAGGGCGUGACUCACGGUCCCCAUCUAAAUCGGAACGGGGGAGUCCGGCCAAUGCCAAGUCGGACAGCCGCUCUGGUUCCGCAAGUCCUUCCCGAGCCUCCAAACGCUCCGAGUCCAGGUCCCGAUCAAGGUCCAAGUCCAGGUCCCAUUCCCGCAGACACUCCAACCGCCGCUACAGCCGCUCGCGCUCCCACUCCCGCAAGAAGUCCCGUUCCCGCUCCUACUCCCCCGAGUACCGCCGCCGCAAGAGCCAGAGCACCUCGCCCAUGUCCAACCGCCGCAGGCAUGCCGGCAGCAGGGGUUCCCAUGGUCAUGGAAAACAGGACAAAUACUCAGGAGCAGCCACAGGAGGAGGCAUGAGCGCAGGAUGUGAUGAGCUGAGGCAGAAACAGGCCAACCCCGACCCCAACACGUGCCUGGGCGUGUUCGGCCUGAGCCUGUACACCACCGAGCGCGACCUGAGGGAGGUGUUCUCCCGCCACGGGCCCCUCGCCGGUGUCAACGCGUCUCGACCAAGCGCAGCGGACCGCGCCGUGGCGGCCUUCGUCUUCGCCUACUGGCGGAUCGACGACGCCAAAGAGGCGAUGGAGCGAGCCAAUGGGAUGGAGCUGGACGGGCGGCGCAUCAGAGUGGACUAUUCCAUCACCAAGCGGCCCCACACCCCCACACCUGGCAUCUACAUGGGUCGGCCCACACAUAAUGGAGGCGGUGGGGGUGGUGGCGGUAGCAGCAGCAGCAGUGGAGGCAGGAGAAGAGACGACCGUGGUGGGGGCUACGACCGUGGCUAUGAUCGUGGCGGCGACCGGGGCUACGACCGUGGCGGCGACCGUGGCUAUGAUCGCUAUGAUGAGUACGACUACAGAUACAGUCGCAGGCGAUCUCCAUCUCCAUACUACAGUCGAUACAGGUCCCGAUCCCGAUCUCGCUCCUACAGUCCCCGACGAUAUUAAAACUUUUCUUCUAGGCUGGUCCUUCCAAAUGAUGUCUGAUGUCCGGGGACAUUGCCAUCCUGUCUAACAUCAGAGGGUGGUGCUGUUUAUCUAGCUGAAGAGUAUUCUCAUGUCCC